AGACUUCACUACCAGCUUUAUGUAAACAAAAUAGCCAUUUUCUACAAAAAAGAGGAAGAUUUCAACUAAAUAGAGUCCAAUACCCCCUGCUUCCCUCAUUUAAAUCAUUGCCCCAGGCUUGACUAAUGUCAGGUACAUCACUGUUGCCUGAGGGGCCUGUGGUUUUGGGCUUGAAGCUCCACCCAAUCUGUCACACCUUAGAGGGAAAAACUGAACAGACAACUCAUAUCACACACAUUCUCCAUCAGCCACAUUCACGGGCAGCACGCAUCCUGAGCAGAGGUCCAUGCUGGAUGUGAGCUGUGGAGCAGAGUCUUCAUCGGCAUCGAACUCAGGAGAAAGCGCAGCUUCAUCCAGACAACUGGGAUCAAGAUGGAGGUUUCACAUGAACGCAAACCAAAAAGACCCCACUACAUUCCCCGGCCGCCGGGGAAGCCCUUCAACUACCAGUGCUUCCAGUGUCCCUUCACCUGCAACGAAAAGUCUCAUCUCUUCAACCACAUGAAGUACAACUUGUGCAAAAACUCCAUCUCCCUGAUGUCGCAGAAAAACGGGCAACCAAGCCGACAGAUGAAGACUGUGCCAAAGGAAAUCUCAGCCAAACCCAAAGAUUGUACAGAUGUGACGGAGGUGGACCAGAACAAAAGCCCGGAGACGGUAGAAGAUGAGGAGAGCAGGGCGGACAGCAGAGAUGGUGCGGAAGAACUCGACGUUGAACACGAAACUCCGAUCGUUAAGAACGUCCAGAAGGCAACAAAACCAAGUACAGAGUCAGAGGAGAACGAGAGCAACAAGAAGAUGGAUUUGCCACGCCAAUCAGCCUUCUCCCCGGUCACACCCAACCGUGACGGAGUGGAGGCUUCAAAGAUCCCAGCACAGCAGACAAAGGACCAACAAAGUCCAGCUAUCGGCUACCACACCUUCCCUUGGGACCGAAUUUCCUCAUCAAUCGCCCUGAAACCGACAACUUCCUUCAUGCCUCAUGAAUAUCCCCCCUACGCAUUGAGAGAUCGACUCUACGAGUCCUACUGUGUACCAGGAAACCCCCACGUGAAUAAUCCCAGCUCCGCUCCUUUACAGCCAGAGUUUUUAGACCCCCAAAGACCCAUAGUGCAACCACCAAUCGCCCCGCCCCAUUCCUCCCCCUUUCCACCUUACCAGUAUAGAUAUUACCACUAUCUCCCCUCCACGCCCGCCCUGUAUAACAUCCCAUACAGACCCCCCGAUCUUCCUAUGCCAGUUCCAGCACCCGGAUACCUUUCUUUGGAUUAUUACAGUCAAACGCUCGCCAGUAAGAAUUACGAGUACUACAUGCAUUCAUAUCCAAAUCACAACCCUCCACAUGGCUCUGCAAAAGAGGACGACCACCAAAGUGGAGUCAAGGUGACCAGGCUGAGCCCCAAGGAGGGUUACUCAGCUUUGGGGUCCCCCGACAAACCGAGUCAAGCUAACAUCUUUCAGAGAGACAUGCAGACGCAGAAGCCCAAGGCGAGCCCUCAGACCACCCUCCUGCACAGACACACAACCAUGGAAGCCGUCUACAGAGACUCCAGGCAAGACGAGUCGGCAGAAAGUUUACUUCAGUUAAGAGCUCAACCUAUGGACAGGAGGUUGACUGAGAGCAGCCGAUACGUCCCUCUGCCUGUUUCUGAGCCAUGUCCUGAUGCAACAUCUGAACUAGAUGAAGACAGACAAGAAGCCAAUCUAGCCCCCCUCAACCUUUCAACCAGAGGCAUGGACCAACGACCAGAAUCUGAGAGCAGGCCAAACGGAUCCGACUCAGCCAGCUCCAAGGAACUCGACCUCCCACUUAACCUCAGUCUUCGAGUUGCUCACAGCAGCCCUGAACACACUCCGACUACUUCGGACUCUCCACACAAACCUGAGGAUGACAAGGAUGAAGAGCCAUGUGACCAGAGGCAGACUGCAGCUCUUGCACUUUGCCAGCUUGCUAUAGCCAGCUCUGCAACCUCUUCAAGUGAUUUAAGUGAAGCACGCACGGCUUCACAAGACCUCACAGAAGAGACGCGCCCUCCUCCAAGCAACCGGUCAACCACCAGGGCAGCGGGCGCCAAGAGGAGCCACGGAGCCCAAGCAGACAGCAAACGCCACAAAACAAACAGGGGGGAGAAAGCACCAGGGCGGGCUCUGAGGAAAAGGCUUCGAUGCUGCUGAAAACAUUAAAGGACUCUGUAUUUAGCGCAGAAACGUUCCUUCUCUAAAUCACAUGUAUGUAAGAUUCAAAAGGCACAUCCAUAAUAUUUCAUGACAAUUAGUACACAUACUCAAUGUUAAUAAUUCCAACUGAUACUGUAUAAAAACGAUGCAUCUCGAUGCAAAAGUUGCAUAUAAACUUAUUUAAUAGAUGAUUAUGUCUGUAUUUUGUACAAAGUUGAUUGAAGAUUCUACAAUGUAUUGUAAAAAACACUGAAUAAAGAAACGAAAAACA